AUUCUCCUGUGCAACAUGCCUGCUGGUCGACUCGAAGGAGAAUUCUCAUCUCCUUAUGCUACUAACGGUGGCGGCGAGCUCUGCGAUCGGUUGUGUUGCUGCCUUUGCGACUGCUGACCAUUCGAGAAGAAACGACCACUGCAUUGGGUCGUCCCUCAUCCCAGUCAGAAUCCUGUUUGAGCAAGCCACUCUUCCUAGUUCGCCCGUCCUAUAGUAUUCUCGUGAAUGGCUUUGCAAGAGAAGGGAUAUGCGAGGUCAGCGGUAAGGGUGGGGAUGACGGGUUCCUCAAUGAGGGAGCGCUCUGUGCUACAUGUCGGUGCGUUCCAAGGUUGCUCUUUCUGAUAGGGCUUUUUGCAUACCUUCAUAUUUAACAUCAUAUGACUUGAAGGCUGCAGACUUCCUGUACUUGCUUCCACCGCCUAUUUGUAUCUGUAGCCAGCCCGUCCGCUGCAUAGGCUCUCAUCAUUUACUCAGCACACUCUGCAUCCAGACGCCGCCUUCUUGCUUUCACCAUUCCAAACCACUAUACCUCUUCAACUUUCACGUUUCCUACCACAAGUACCAAGCUCAGCCACUUGGACCAUUCGAGCUACUCAACAUGUGCACAAUACAUUACAUCGUCUACACCUGCCAACACUGGAUCCCCCAGCCUCAAAGACCCAGCGGAGAGAUUCUGCGAAUCUGCAGACAGGCCGAAGAAGAACGCCUUGGAUUUGCCUGUCCCGAAACUCAAAGGGACCAUGAGGUUAUUGACAGGAGCCAAGGAGUGUGCAGAGAUUGCAUGUGGAGACAGGUUCUACGAUAGGCGCUGCUUACCAAGUAAAAGGAGGGAGGAAGGAACAACGAAGUAGUUGGACAACACAGUAUCCCUACAAAGACCGCUUUCCGGAUACCUAUCAAUCUUCGACGAAGCACGUACUCAGCAGCAUCAUCCGUGUGCUCUGUACCAUGUGCCCACUUCAUCAAAUAACGACCGCCAUUAGACCCUAUACCUUUUACAGAGCUCUGGGUCGACAAGCAGCACUGCACAUCCUACAAGACGAUGGACAUCGAUUCCAAGC